AUGCUCACAUGUAAACCUUACGAUGAUGUUGCCUGGGCAAUAAGCACGCAGAUCUGGGAGGAUUGGCCAGAACUUCUUCGCACUGAUGGUGACAUCUAUAAUGACAUUGGAGUCAUUCUCUCUGAAGAAUUCAGCGACCUUGAAUGGACCCUGUUUGAAUACCUUAGCACAGGCGGUUUCAAUACCUGCUUCAAGAUGGAGUUCACUAACAACUGCGGCGCUGUUAUAAGGUUCCCAUUGCCCGGCGCUGUCAUGUUCCCUGAAGAAAAAGUCCGCAAUGAAGCCACUAUCGUGCAAUAUGUCUUGGAAAAAACUUCAAACAAAAUUCCAAUCCCGGUGCCUUCCAUCGUUCGCUGGGUAGAGACAAAGGAGAGUCCCUCAGACUUGGGACCUUUCAUCAUUAUGGACUAUAUCCACCACAUGGGGAGUAUGGGAGAUCUCCUUGAGAUGCCAGGGCGCCAAAGAGGACAACCCCCAGUACUCAAUCCGGACCUCAAGCCGGCCAGGCUAGAAGCUCUCUAUGGAGAACUAGCCAAGAUCAUCCUUUCGUUGUCUACACUCUCUUUGAACCGGAUAGGAUCCCUUGCCAAGAAUGACGAUUCUACGUGGGAAGUGUUGCAUCGACCUCUGUCCUACUCUAUGAACGAAAUUGUGCAACUCGGGACACUACCCCGAUCGAAACUACCAACCACAACGUACGAAAAAGCGUCAUCGUACUUCGAAUUCCUGGCGGAACUACACCUCUUACACCUCAGAAGCCAGAGGAACGAGGCUGAUAUCUUGGCGGAUGUCGAUGCAGAAGUUUUGGCGGAUGACUUCCGGCGCAAAUUUGUGGCUAGAUUUCUCUUCCGGAAACUUGUUCGAGACCAGGAGCAGAGAAAGCAAUGGAUAUUCCAUGAUGAUGGCCCAUUUCCAGUCUGGUGCGACGAUUUUCGACCCGAAAAUGUUCUAGUUGAUGAAACUGAAUGCAUCGCCGGAGUGGUGGAUUGGGAGUUCACAUAUACCGCCCCAGUCGAAUUUUCUCAUGCGCCGCCUUGGUGGCUUCUUCUCAAAAAGCCAGAAGAUUGGCCUAGAGGCCUUGAUAACUGGUGUGUGGAGUAUGAGAAAGCGCUCCAGACCUUUCUGGUGGCAAUGCGGAAAUGUGAAGACGAGGCAAUUCAGAAGAAGCUGCUAGUAGAAGGCCAGCGGCUAUCUAGUCGGAUGCGGGACAGUUGGAAAAGUGGAGACUUUUGGAUCAUGUACGCUGCGAGGAAUAAUUUUGCCUUCGACGCGAUAUAUUGGAAAAAGAUUGACCAGCGUUUCUUUGGACCGACUACAUAUGAAGACGACAAUAUUUGCGAUAUAUGGCGGAAGAGACUUCAUCUUUUGGAACCUGGAGAGAAGAACCUCAUGGAGGAAUAUGUGAAUCUGAAGCUCAAAGAUAGGAACACAUGGCGUCUUGUAUGGGACCCGGAUGAGUACACCGUGGGGUGGAUCAAGAGGUUGAAGAUAAUGAAGGAGGAGAGGGAGGAGAGGGAGGAGAGGGAGGAGAGGGAGGAGAGGAAGGAGAAACGACUUAAAGAGAAGCAAAUGUGA